GCGCCUGCGCGCACAGGAGGCGUGGCCAGCGCUGGGCAUGGCGGAGCCAGAGCUAGAGUCGGAGCAGAUCCGUCUGAAGUGUAUUCGUAAGGAGGGCUUCUUCACGGUGCCUCCGGAACACAGGCUGGGACGAUGCCGCAGUGUGAAGGAGUUUGAGAAGCUGAACCGCAUUGGAGAGGGUACCUACGGCAUUGUGUAUCGGGCCCGGGACACCCAGACAGAUGAGAUUGUCGCGCUGAAGAAGGUACGGAUGGACAAGGAGAAGGAUGGCAUCCCCAUCAGCAGCCUGCGGGAGAUCACACUGCUGCUCCGCCUGCGUCACCCCAACAUCGUGGAGCUGAAGGAGGUGGUUGUGGGGAACCACCUGGAGAGCAUCUUCCUGGUGAUGGGUUACUGUGAGCAGGACCUGGCCAGCCUCCUGGAGAAUAUGCCAACACCCUUCUCGGAGGCCCAAGUCAAGUGCAUCGUGCUGCAGGUGCUCCGGGGCCUCCAGUAUCUGCACAGGAACUUCAUCAUCCACAGGGACCUGAAGGUUUCCAACUUGCUCAUGACUGACAAGGGCUGUGUGAAGACAGCGGAUUUCGGCUUGGCCCGGGCCUAUGGCGUCCCAGUAAAGCCAAUGACCCCCAAGGUGGUCACUCUCUGGUACCGAGCCCCCGAACUGCUGUUGGGAACCACCACGCAGACCACCAGCAUCGACAUGUGCGUGCCUCGCGGUGGCGGGGUCAGCAGAGGUCUGGCCGCAGUGAGGUCCGCUGUUCUCCGCAGGGCCGUGGGUUGCAUCCUGGCCGAGCUGCUGGCGCACAAGCCCCUUCUCCCUGGCACUUCUGAGAUCCACCAGAUCGACUUGAUAGUGCAGCUGCUGGGGACGCCCAGUGAGAACAUCUGGCCGGGCUUUUCCAAGCUGCCGCUAGUCGGCCAGUACAGUCUCCGGAAGCAGCCCUACAACAACCUGAAGCACAAGUUCCCGUGGCUCUCGGAGGCCGGUCUGCGCCUGCUGCACUUCCUGUUCAUGUACGACCCUAAGAAAAGGGCGACGGCCGGGGACUGCCUGGAGAGCUCCUACUUCAAGGAGAAGCCCCUACCCUGUGAGCCGGAGCUCAUGCCCACCUUUCCCCACCACCGCAACAAGCGGGCCGCCCCGGCCACCUCUGAAGGCCAGAGCAAGCGCUGUAAACCCUGACGGUGGGCCUGGCAUACGCCUGUAUUCCCACACCAUGUCUUCCGGGCGGCGGUGUCCGUGAAGGGUGCUAGGAGCUGACGAGGUGCCUGGGACCCAGCUCAUCCCCUUGACUGACUUCCUCCACUGACUUCCUCCCACUGUCUGCCCUGAACCCACUACUGCCCCCAAAAACAGGCAGGGCAUGGAUGCAGGGUGACACGGGGGCAUCCUGGAAGGGCGGGUCUGGCGGCCCCAUCCAUGGCCGCAGGGGUCCUGCUGUGUUGGAAACAUGGGACCACUGAGGGGUCUCGUGCGGCUCUCCUCCUCGCUGUACUGGAAGCACGGGACCACUGCUUCUUGGGAGGAGUGGCGGCUGCAGUCCCCCCACUGUCUUUGAGUUGUGGUGGACGCUGGCAUGGGAUCAGCGGGCCCAGAAGACCUUUGUAUCCCCCCUCAGUUGCCCGGGGUGCCCUGUGCAUGGGUCAGCUGUGGUGACCCCAGGUGGGCCUGGCAGGACUCCAGAUGAGGACAAGAGGGACAAGGUGUGGGGUGGGAGCCACAAUUGAGGAUGCCCCAAGACCACCGAGAGCCCUGGGCUGGGGGCUGAGCUAUAUCCCUGCUCCCCACGGGGGCCCCAACAGGGGGUCAUGGCUCAGAUGCUGAGCAAAACUGUAGGCUCUUGUUGGAUAAAAGCUUUCUUAACAGA